GAUCUCUUGCUGGGCUUCUGUGAUGCCAACUCACCAGGUGUUGGCAGUUCAGUGACAUCCUGGAGGCCGGCCCACCUUCCGCCAAAGGCGGAGGAGGAGUCCGAGCACCAUCGUAGCCUCGUUCGUGCCUUGGAGCGCAACGUGCAGAGGCGGCUUCUUCAAGAGCAGCGUGAGGAGCAGCAGAGACGACAACGAGAAGAACGUCGAGAGCGCCGUCUGCAGGAGCACACCGACGUUUGGCUUCACGAGCUUCUUCCCAGCUUUGUUCCAGGCAUGGAGCCGACGCAGCGCAUGCAACGCCUGUGGCGCCAGGGCUUGCCCCCACGCGUCCGCGAGGUUGUGUGGCCAGUGGCAAUUGGAAAUGUGCUGCGAAUAACCCCGGAGCUUUUCGAGAUCCACAAGCAGCGUGCAGUGGACGCUCGAAGAGCCCAGGUGACGGCCUCAAACGUGCUUAUCACUCUGACUGAUGCGCCACCACAUCGUGGCCGAGAGCAAAGCACAACCUGCAUUCCCUUUGAUCUGCCACGAACUUUUCCAACUUUGGCCUUCUUCAGCGAGGGCGGUCCUCUUCAUGAAGACUGCGCACGGAUUCUGGAGGCAUACACUUUCUUCCGGCCAGAUAUCGGCUAUGUGCAGGGCAUGAGCUAUUUGGCGGCCAUGCUGCUUCUCUACUUGCCGCCGUACGAGUCCUUUGUUGGCUUGUGCAACUUGCUGAACACGCCCUCCGUACUCGGACUGUAUCGCCUUGAGCCCCGUGCAGUUGCUUGUCGGGCACGCGUGUUCGAGCAGUUGUGUUCGCAGCAGCUGCCCGAUGUGUGCAGAUGCAUUCGAGAAGUCGGACUCAUGCCAGAGAUGUUCCUCAUCGACUGGUUCUUGACCGUGUUUGCAAAGUGCUUGACUGUCGAUGUCGCUUCGGUGGUGUGGGACCUCUUCCUGCUGGAUGGCGAGGUUGUCCUGUACUGCACGGCCAUCGCCAUACUGCGCAUUCUGGAGUUCCAGCUGCUGCAUCCGGACGGCCGUCGGGGCUUGAAUGCGGCAGAACCUGAUCUCGAAAGCUGCACGCGGGUCCUGAACGAGGAGCUGCGGAAGCGUGUGAGCGACCCCGAUGAGCUCCUGUGGCACAUCGCACAGGUGAGACGAAGGGCUCCCCAGCGCAUCUUUGGCGAGAUUCGAGCCAUCGAGAACAUGGAGUUCGGCAGCCAGGGAAGAGUGUCGACACGAGGCUCCAUUGCUAGUGCAUUGACGGGCGCAUCGUUCCUCACAGCAGCCAAAGAGCGCAUUCUCUCCCGUUUGCUGCCUUGA